CACAUCCAGGGGUUGCAACUUUUUUCAGCGCGCCCUCGUUUCAUUAAAGUUGCCCCGCUCAUCUGGAUAAGUCAUGGGGGACAAAGUCAAGUAGCAAGGCGGAGGCUGUCACCCACACAAAAGGCGGCCUGCUUUUGUUCAUAGCAGGGCUGCAGCAGGUGGAGGCGGCCGCCGCCGCCACAGAGAUGGCCAACUUGAACUGGAAACCGUUCAUCUACGGAGGGAUGGCCUCGAUUGUCGCAGAGUUUGGUACUUUCCCCAUCGACCUCACCAAGACACGGUUACAAGUCCAGGGUCAAUCCCAGUACAUGGAGGUCCGCUACAAGGGAAUGUUCCAUGCCCUUUUCAGGAUCGGCAAGGAGGAGGGCAUCCGGGCGCUGUAUUCUGGAAUCUCCCCAGCCCUCCUGAGGCAAGCCUCAUAUGGGACCAUCAAGAUAGGAACAUACAACACUUUGAAGAGACUGUUUGUCAGUCGGCCAGAAGAUGAGACCAUGGUCAUCAAUGUCUUCUGUGGGGUGGUUUCUGGGGUACUGUCUUCCUCCCUGGCCAACCCUACAGACGUCCUCAAGAUUAGAAUGCAGGCCCAGGGAAGCCUGCUGCAGGGCAGCAUGAUGUCAAACUUCAUCAACAUCUACCAGACAGAGGGCACCAAGGGACUUUGGAGGGGUGUCAUCCCCACAGCCCAGCGAGCGGCCAUCGUCGUUGGGGUUGAACUUCCUGUUUAUGACAUCACAAAGAAGCACCUCAUUCGCUCCGGUCUCAUGGGAGACACUAUUCUAGCACAUUUCAUUUCCAGUUUCACUUGUGGGCUGGCGGGGGCACUGGCAUCCAACCCUGUGGACGUGGUCCGGACCCGAAUGAUGAACCAACGGGUUAUCUCCGGGAGCCCCAUGUACAGGGGAACGCUGGACGGAGUAAUGCAGACGUGGAAAAAUGAGGGAUUCUUUGCUCUCUACAAAGGCUUCUGGCCUAACUGGCUCAGAUUGGGGCCAUGGAACAUCAUUUUCUUCAUCACCUUUGAGCAGCUGAAGAAGCUCCCAUUUUAACCCGAGCAGGAAGCAAGACUGUCUGACAACCAGACCACGUGUGAGUCGGGUGGGGGUCAUGGGUGGAGUCAACGUGGGAAAAAUCCCUUGCCCUUUUGACCUCUUUAAGUUCACAACCUUUCCCAAAGUCACACCAUUGAUGCGUCUUCGCACACUCAAUCGUAUAUUGCUUUUAUCUUGAUUGUUUUUUUUUUCUAAACAUAUUUAUUGUUGUUGGUUUUUGCUGUUGUUUUUAAGAAUGUUGCUUUUGUCAUCACGCUUGCCCUCAACUGCCCUUGAUGAAAGCUUUCAGGCAGCUAAAUGUUUGGUGGUA